ACACACACAGACACACACCGUCAACGAAAAUGCUGAACAAAGCGCCCAAACUAAAACAAACAGUUAAAACUAAAAUGAAGAGUAACAUAAACGUGAGACCGGCGUCGGAGGCGAUGAUUGAACUGCUAACUCUGCUGUUUUUAAACAGCCUGGCGGAGGAGGCGAAGGCCAAAGCUUUUGAGGAAAAAUGUGCAACGAUUAGAGGACAACAUGUCAAAGCAGUGUCCAAGAAAUUGCUGAAAAAAGCAAGAGGAUGAAGACUGUGAAGUGCAUCAUCAUCAUUUUUAUUAACAGUAUUGUGAAUAUUAUUAUGAAUGACAGUCGCUAUAUUUCUUGCUUUUUUUAUGGUGUUUUCUUCUGAUAUUUUUAUUUCAUUCUUUGUGCAAGUUAAUGUCUAAUAUCUGUUUUCCUAUAAGAGUUUUUUGUUUAAUUCUUGUGAAUCGUAUAAUGGCUCAUAUUUUAGACCUCUCAGUCCCAAAACUGACAAUGACAAUUUAUAAUGGCUUUCUCAUAUUAAAUAAACGAAUAAACCAGUCUUAUUUAUUUU